GAAGAGCUGCGCUCCGAACCGAUGUUUCAAAACAGAAGAUUUACCACGUUUUCAAGACAUUGAAUCAUUUACAAGUGAAGAUGUUCAUUCAUACCAUCAAGAAGGAUUGAAACCUGUAAAGACUGAGUUUAUUGAGGAUUGCAGUGAGCUCACCUAGAAGAUGAGUGAUCCAGAACACGUCACAGUGAAGCAUGAUGAUACUGAAGAACGAGACCUGAAGGAAAAGGAUAAGGAAAGUAAAGAACUGAACGAAGGGGAAGAAAAUCAUGUCAUAAGUUGCUCACAGAAGGAAAGAGAAUUUGUACGGAAAAGAAGAGCCAAAAAAAUCUUCACUUGCCCUCAGUGUGGAAAAUCAUUCCCGUACAAAAGCAGUUUGGAAGAUCACAUGAACAUCCACACAGGACAGAAGCCACACACAUGUGAUCAAUGUGAGAAAAGUUAUGCACUUAAAGGAAGCCUUAAUGAACACAUGAAAAUCCACACUGGAGACAAGCCACACGCAUGUGAUCAGUGCGGGAAGAGAUUCACACACAAAAUGACCCUUAAGAAACACGUGAAAAUCCACACUGGAGAGAAGCCACACACAUGUGAUCAGUGUGGGAAGAGUUUCACACGAAAAGAAACCCUUAAGGAUCACCUGAGAAUCCACACUGGACAGCCGCUGCACACAUGUGGUCAAUGCGGGAAGAGUUUUGUACAUACAGUCAGUCUUAAUAAACAUCUGCGUUCUCAUAUUAGAGCUCAUCAAAGAUCCUUUAACUGUGAUCAGUGUGGUAAAAAGUUUCGUUGGGCACAAUCCCUGAAGGAGCACAUGACCAUUCAUACACAGGAGAAGCCUCAUGUGUGUUCUUUGUGUGGAAAGAGUUUUUCACGACUGUAUACUUUAAAAAUACACCAGAAACGACACAGUAGUGUGAAGAGUCAUAUGUGCUCUGAUUGUGGGAAGUCCUUCUUUACAGAUGGCCAGAUGAAGCUGCACCAAAGAAUUCACACUGGAGAACAACCUUACAAGUGUUCACAGUGUGACAGUAGAUUCAGUCGGGUAGAGUCUCUGAAAACACACGAGAAGAUCCACACCGGAGUGAAGCUGCACAUGUGUGGUCACUGCGGGAAGAGAUUCACACUGAUAGGAAACCUUAAUGAACACAUUAAAAUCCAUUCUGGACAGAAACCGCAUGCAUGUGUUCAGUGCGGAAAGAGGUUCACACACAAAGGAGCUCUUAAGAAACACAUAAAAAUCCACACUGGAGAGAGGCCGCACACAUGUGAUCGGUGUGGGAAGAGUUUCACAGUCAAAGGAGCUCUUAAGAAACACAUACAAAUCCACACUGGAGAGAAGCCACACACAUGUGAUCAGUGUGGCAAGAGUUUCACACAAAAAGAAACCCUUAAGAAACACAUAAAAAUCCACACUGGAAAGAGGCCACACACACGUGAUCAGUGUGGGAAGAGAUUCACACUAAUAGGAACCCUUAAUGAACACAUGAAAAUCCACACUGGAGAGAAGCCACACACAUGUGAUCAGUGCGGAAAGAAAUUCACACACAAAGGUACUCUUAAGAAACACAUAGAAAUCCACACUGGAGAGAAGCCGCACACAUGUGAUCAGUGUGGGAAGAGUUUCACAGUCAAAGGAGACCUUCAGUUACACAUGAACAGCCACACUGGAGAGAAGCCGCACACAUGUGAUCAGUGUGGGAAGAGUUUCACACAAAAAUAUUUUCUCAAGAAACACAUGUUGAUCCACAGUGGAGAGAAGCCGCACACGUGUGAUCAGUGCGGGAAGAGUUUCACAGUAAAAGGAAACCUUAAGUCACACAUGAAUAGCCACUCUGGAGAGAAGCCGCACACUUGUGAUCAGUGUGGGAAAAGUUUUACAUUAAAAGGAAACCUUAAGAUACACAUGAAUAUCCACACGGGAGAGAAGCCACACGUGUGUUCUUCGUGUGGAAAACGUUUUACAUGGCUGCACGCCUUAAAAGUACACCAGAAGACACAUACCAGUGUGAAAGCAGUGUGAAAAGACAUUUGCAACAGUGGACAAAGUUUUAAUGUCUCCAGAGAAUUCGCACUGGAGAAAAGCCUUUUAAGUACUGACACAAUGAUAAGCGAUCCAGUCUGUCAGGACACGUGAAACCAAAUCAGAGAUAAUCCACAUUGGAGAUCAGUUGUAUCUGUAGGUAUCACUAAGUGUAGUGCCAUUAAGUAUAGUUUUGUUCAGAUACAAUUUCAAGCUAAAAUGUGCAUCAAGACCAUGAGUUGCAAGUGUUGAGAUUGAAAUGAAUUCAAAGUUUGAGUUCCUUUAAAGGCUAUACUAUUUAAGUGUCAUGUUGUUUUUACAUGUACAGAAUGUUGUCUCCAAAUUUACCAUGUGCAGAUGUAAGAUAAACAAUCAAACUAACUGGUUUCUUCUGUUUCCCUCCUUCACGUUUCAUUGGUCACCUUGUAAGUCAAAGAAAGGAAUCUCUUAUUCGUGUUCAUUUUUAUUUAACAUUAAAACACCAUUUAUUGCAAAAUAAGUAACUAGUUUUACCAACAGCUUUUCAUAAUGGGGACAAAAAAAAAAAAAAA